AUGUACGGUGGAACUCCGAUAGCUCCGCCGAUCCACUUGAACUUUUUUCUUAUCGCACCCAUCCCACCUCACCAUCUCCAAAGCAAAAAUCUACGAAGCAACGUCACUACCUCCAAAGUGCUGCCGACCCCAGGCUCCAAAUAUCCUGCCAAAAAGGGCCAUGACACCAACGCACACCGACUCCAGUUCCGCGAACUCCGCCCCUCCAUCCCCCGCAACCACCAUGUCCGCCGACAGCAACACCACACACCCCGCCGCGAACUCCCUCGACGACAUCUUCGGCUCCUCCCCCCGAAACAAGCAGCACCCUCCUACCCCCAGCUGCAGAGCGCGCACCCGCACCCGGAACCGGGGGCGAACCAUCCGACCUCCCCUCCCUGCGCCGCCAACACUCGGCGCGCAGCUAGGGAUGCGGGCGGGGACGGUCCUCGGGAUUCUAGAGGGGAUUUCUCGCGGUCUAGAGGAAGGGGGGGAGGCGUUGCGAAGAAGCCCGGUGCGCGGAGCGCGGGGCCUUCUACGGCUGCUCCGGAGGAAGGACGUCGGAUCGAAGCACGGGCCCGGGUCCGGGCGCAGGUGCGCAAGAUUUACGAGGAUGCUGUGAAGGCUUUGGAUGUGCAGGCUGUGUUUGCGGGGAGUGGUGGGCCUACGGGGGAUGCAGCGAUUACGGGGUGGGAGGAGAAAGUUGCGGUGCCGAGGUGGGAAGAAAAUAUGGAGGCAUUGGAGUUCAAGGAGGCUGCGGGGAAGGGCCAGGGAGAUGAGGGCACGGGUGACCGAAGUUGA